AGUACUAGUACUUGAAGGCAUCACGAAAGCAUGGCGAAGAUGUCGGGUACCGAUGACGCACUAAACCUUCGACGGUCGUUGAUGAGUCGUGUGUUUACAUUAUUGUUUUCAUGUUUGUGUCUCCACGAGAAGCGUUUUCUAGUAGAAACGGGAACGGGUAACCGUUACUAAUAGAUUUCAUCAGUGGUACCGGUAACUGUCAGCAGCGGGAUGGACUUCUGUCAGAAACAAGUCAAGUCCGACUGUGAGGAGCUGCUCGGCCGCUUCCAGACCACCGACUCAGUCCGCUUCGAGAUCUUCUCCAAAAUAUGGAGGGAAAUGAAUUUCACACAGAUUUUCUACGGCACGGUGAAUCACGAGAGGCGGGCGUUCAGCCGUCUGAUUCUGGACACGGCCUACAGCUUCUUCCUGCCUCCGUUCAGCUUCCAGAUCAGAGUGGGGGGGCUCUACCUGCUGUACAGCCUUUAUCACUGUCAGAGAGCCUCGCCCCCGGAGCAGAUCCGUCUGGCGCUGAAGAACUGGGAGGACGUGAAGAAGUUUGAGAAGGACGCUGUGGACGCUCAGCACCUCGACGUCAUUUACAUCCUCCGCCAGUUGAUGCUCCGCAAAGCUUUCAACUUCACCGCCAUGCCCACUGUGCUGGCCUUCAACAAGAAGAGGAAGAUGGAGCGGGCGGCGCUGUGCGAGGCGUUCAUGGAGCGAGCGUCUCGUCCACAGGAGCUGAUCAACAUUGAGCUGCUGGAGGAAUUGUCCAACGUUGAUGAUCACUAUGGAAAGCUGAAGACGUCCAUCGGUCUGCAGGCGGAUCCGUCCAUCAAUCUGAUCCGGAAAGAGCUGGUCCCUGAGCUCCGCAGUACUGUGGUGGACUUCUACAAGUGGCAACAAAGGAAGGGUGGGGCUGGUGGACAUGAAGAUGAAGACAGCGGUGAGGGAACGUCCUCUCAGCAGGAGUGCUCUAAAAGAGCCCAGCUCAUCUCCUCCAUCAAAUCCAAGGCUUACGGAGAGGCAGCAGAGGCCUCCAAGUCCCGCCGUCAUCGUCAGGUGGAGGUGGAUUUCACCAGUUACGAGGCGGGACCCUCCCUCUCGUCCGGUUACAGCAGAACCAACAAGCCGUCACUCAAAGCCAGAACCAAUGAGAACGUACAUGUCUCAGGUGACUUGUGGGAAGAAGCCACUAGGACAACUCACAUCAACCGUCUCACCACACUGGACUUUGUCCCUGAAGAAAAACCCAAAACGUACAAACGAUUCAAGUGGUGAUGACGACGACGCGGGGGUCAGCAUGCAUGCUGACUCAGCUGCUGUUCACUGGAUCUCAAGUUGGUUUUAAAAUGUUGAUAUGGUUUGGUCAUUGUCACAAGUUGAAUGUUCUCAAUCUUGAAAAAUGGGAAUGUUUUUACAUUUGAAAGUGUUUUAACUUUAACUUAUUUUUUGAUGAACCUUUUUUUUUCACAAUGUCUAAAACGUAAACAUACAAACAUGUCAGUUAGAGACAGAUUAUUGUUCUUAAAUGCAGCGUUUGGUUAAAUGUAAACACCCUGAGAAACUCAUGAGAGCUGAGAAGAUUCCCAGCCAUCCCUUGGUGAUCUGCUAUCCCCGCUAUCUGCCUCGCUCAGUCAGUUUAGUCACAGACAUGAUGUCACCCUUUGCCUUAUACAGUAAGGGCAGCAUACCUUGUGACUGUAUACAACGUUCAGGUGAAUGACUUUAAACAUUUCUUCAUGAAGUUCAUCAAGUUUUACUGUUUUAUAUAAAACCAGUUUCUUUUUUAUAAAUGCUA